UGCUUGAGAAGCAUCUAUGGAUGCAAGCCAGCGUUUUGGUCGCUUUACUAGCCGCAGCAUCGCAUUGCAGGCUCAUGUUGAUCUUGUGGUCAAUGAUGACCCCCAAGUCUCUUUCUUCCAUAGUGCUAGCCAACAUAGCACUGCCGAGCCUGUAAGGAUGCUGCGGGUUUUUUUUCCCAAGGUGGAGAACCUUGCGUUUAUCGGCGUUGAACACCAUCAGAUUCUCGCCCGCCCACUUGCUGAGCCUGUCCAGGUCAGCCUGGAUCACCCGCCUGUCUUCUGGUGUGGAUGCUUUGCCCCAAAGUUUGGUGUCAUCGGCGAACUUGGCCAGUCCGCUUCUGACUCCAGUGUCCACAUCAUUGAUGAAGAUGUUGAACAAUAUGGGUCCAAGGACAGAGCCCUGGGGGACCCCACUGGUCACCGGACACCACGAUGAGUGACUUCCAUCAAUUACUACCCUCUGGGUCCGACCCCGGAGCCAAUUUUCCAGCCAGUGGAUCGUGGAGGCACCAUGCAAAGAAAGCUACAAAUUGGCAGGAAAUUCUCGGUUGCACCGGGGUUCUCCUCUGCAGCAGAAAACUCCACCGUGCAAAGAAGCUGCAAUUUAGUGGGAAAAAUAAUUUAGCAGUGCCGAAGUGCACACAAAACAAAGAUCACAACUUUGGGUUGUGACAGGGAGAAGCAGCAGCAGCCCAUCCUCGCCUGCCCCGGCUUCUGGGCUGUGCUGGUCGCCCCCUCCCCUCCUUCUUGCCCCGUUUCUCAGCAGGGUUUAAGCCUCCCCAGAGGUGCCGGCUGCAGCCCAGGCUGGGGGCUGUGCCAAGGGUGGGUCUUGCCCCUGGUGAGGCUGGUACAGGGGUUGGGGGGUUGCUUUUCUGCCCUCCUUCAGGGAGGUGCAGACUUCACCCCCGUGCGCAGCCGGCCCGGAGCCCGAGGCAGCUCGGCCCCGCGCAACCCAGCCCGCACGGAGCAUCCUCGGGGCUCCGGCCAGACCAGAGCCGGGCCCGCCCCGGGGAUGCGCGUCCCUCGCAGUCUCCGCCUCCCCUGCACCGCCGCCUCCUGCUUUCGCUUUCCUUUCCCCGGGCCAUGGCCCAGCCCCGCGGCCCCGAUCCGGAGCGGCUCAGGGGUUGCAAUCCGGAGGGGCUCAGGGGUCCCGAUGCAGGGGGGCUCGGGGGUUGCAAUCUGGAGGGGCUCAGGAGUCCCCAUCCGGAGGGGCUCAGGGGUUGCAAUCCGGAGGGGCUCAGGGGUCCCGAUCCGAAGGGGCUCAGGGGUUGCAAUCCGGAGGAGCUCAGGAGUCCCGAUCCGGAGGGGCUGAGGGGUUGCAAUCCGGAGGGGCUCAGGGGUCCCGAUCCGAAGGGGCUGAGGGGUUGCAAUCCGGAGGGGCUCAGGGGUCCCGAUCCGAAGGGGCUCAGGGGUUGCAAUCCGGAGGGGCUCAGGGGUCCCGAUCCGAAGGGGCUCAGGGGUUGCAAUCCGGAGGAGCUCAGGAGUCCCGAUCCGGAGGGGCUGAGGGGUUGCAAUCCGGAGGGGCUCAGGGGUCCCGAUCCGAAGGGGCUCAGGGGUUGCAAUCCGGAGGAGCUCAGGGGUCCCAAUCCGGAGGGGCUGAGGGGUUGCAAUCUGGAGGGGCUCAGGGGUUGCAAUCUGGAGGGGCUCAGGGGUCCCGAUCCGGAGGGGCUCAGGGGUUGCAAUCCGGAGGGGUUCAGGGGUCCCGAUCCGGAGCGGCUCAGGGGUUGCAAUCUGGAGAGUCUCAGGGGUCCCAAUUUGGAGGGGCUCAAGGGUUGCAAUCUGGAGGGGCUCAGGGGUCCCGAUCCGAGGGGGCUCAGGGGUCCUGAUGCAGGGGGGCCCAGGGGUUGCAAUCUGGAGGGGCUCAGGGGUCCCGAUCCAAGGGGGCUCAAGGGUCCCGAUGCUGCAGUGACCCGUGGCCCCGAUCCGGGGGGUCCCAGCCGCGCGGCGGAGCAGGCACCGAGUGCUGGGCAGAGCUGGGGCUCCGGCAUCUUCUCACUGUCAUGGCUUCUCAGAGGCAAAGAUGGGCAGAAGGCAGCAGCACCGCAGCGGCGCCAGGACAGGGCAGUGGCUGGUGACCACCCUAUGACAGUGGCACAGGAGAUCGUACAGAAAGCCAACAAGCUGCAAGAGCAGCUGCAGCAGCUGAAAGACUCCUCGGACCCGUUGGCACUGGAGUUCCUCCGUGCCUUCGAAGCGUCCAUGGGCAUCGCCAUCCGCCUGCUCACGGAGAAUCAGAGCCUGCGGCAGAAGCUGGAGGAAAAAGCCAGCCUGCCAGCACCUCUCCCCCCGAAGCAGUCCCCAGCACCCCUCUCCCCCAGCCCGCGGCUCAGAGUGUUGCCCCUGCAGAUCCACGUCACCGGCCGGGCAAGCGGCUCCGAGAGGCAAUUCCUGGCCCAGCUGCAUGGGCACCUCAAGCCCCUGGGUAUCCAGCUGGUGGAGGAGGAGUUCAACCAGCACGCCCACUGCCUACUGCUGCUCUUCUGCCCCAUCUCGUCCCGUGUGGGCACCGACAUCAGCAACGCCCUGCAGAGCCUCCCAGACACGAGGCAGGCCAUCCUCAUUGUGCUGCACCACCGGCCCAGUGAGUCCAGCCAGCUCUAUGCCAGCAGCAAGCGGGAGGCUCAGCACCCCGGCCUGCUGGACACCGUGGACUGUUGCUUCUCCACCGUCUUGGGCCUCUACCCCUGCUACACCAACACCAACGCCAUGGACUCUGUGGUGGCCACGCUUCAGCGACUGACCGGGAGCAGACCCUAGGGAGCAGGGCACGGAGGAGCUGCCACAGGAAGCAGGACUGGCUGGACUGUGCUUCCCCUUGGCUGAAUCCAGUCUCAAUUUCUUUUAUCAUUUCAACAGCGGACUGUUAAAAACUAUAUGAAAUCACUCAUUCAAGUCUAUAAAGUAGGGAUCCCUACAUCAGUAAAA